CGAGCGUCCAAAUACUACGGGUAUAAAUAGUUAAACAAUGGCGGAAGGGCCAGGUCAGAAUCAUAUUCUGGAUGGUAAGGGUGAGAGUGAGACUGAUGCUCAUAGUCAUAGAGACCAGACCACAGUUGUCGAUCAUAACAAAAACAUUGACAGAAAAGGAGCGACCUCACCACUGAGAACUAGGCAUCAGAGUUUAGAGGAUGACAUCUAUGAUGAGAGAAACAUGCUCGGCCGAACAACAAGUACAAUUGUACACCGACGCCCACGGUCCAUGUCAAUGGCAGAAGUCGUGGAAAUUGGAUACCUUCGAUUACAACAGGAGCUAAAGAAAGCCCAACAGGAACUAUCGUUGAAAGACGAAGAGGUGGACAAAUUGUCACGAGUGCGGGACGAGAUUGGCCUAGAACUUCAAGAUUUAACAGCAAGUCUUUUUGAGGAAGCACACAAUAUGGUAAGAGAAGCGAAUGAGAAGCAGGCACUGGCAGAGAAGAAACGUAAAGAAGCAAGUAGCAAGAUAGAAGUAUUAGAGGCUGAGGUGAAUGCUCUAAAAGUGCUUGUCAUUACAUCGACUCCAUCGAUGCCAAACCCUGACAUGCAUCCCCAGAUAAACACUAAAAAUAAAGGCAACAAAGCCAAUUUCUUGCGGGGUCACAAGAGGUCGACCAGCCACUGUGAUGCCAGUAUGAAGAGGGAACUUGCACUAUCUCCCCCUGCAAUAUCCCAGACUCUAGUUGUAGUAAAGGAUCAUAUUCAGAUUGACCCAGCAUUAUAUCAGGAGUUUGCUGACUGGAAGGAGAAUCCACAGAUUGAUCAUCAUAAUCCAUUCCUUGCGAGGAUUUAUGCAGAAGACAUCAUUCCCUGUCUGACAUAUUGCAAUACUGAGUUGGCUAAGGAUGUAGAGGAGUGUGUAGAAAGCAACACCCUAACAAUAGAAGCUGUUCCAACAGAUAUACAUGGACCACGGAAAUGCGCUCUCACACAGGAUAGUAGGAUAUGUGGCUACAGAAUGAAAGUGGGUGAUCUGACAAGCUGGCACAGCAUAUCACAACUAGCCAGAGACAGGAUAGCAGCUGUGUGCAAUUUCUUUACCUACGUGAGGUACAUAAAUCAAGGACUAGUAAAAAAUGAAGACAAAGAUAUCUACUGCCAGAUCGUGCAGCUCAGAAAACAGAUGGCACUCGCAAAACUAGGCAUUGGCAGUCAGUAGGUGGCACUUCAGUAUUGCCCGGUGGAUGGAGAUUCAUUAUCUUCUAGGAUCAAGCAAAGAAGCGUUUAGAUAAGCUUUGAGUUCGUAUGUAAACCUUUUUGCAAAAUAUAGUUUCUUUGGGAAGGUUUACUCUUUUUUUCUGUCUAAAAAGAGUUUUUCUUCACAAAUGAAUAGUGGCAUUCAGACGUGGCAAGUAAGUACAUUCCAUAAUAUUUUGAAGUGUGUGAACUCUAGCUUGGCACAUUCAUGUUUAUGUGUUAUAGUCAGAAAUAUAUACGUACGUACAAAACGCGAACCAUUCCAUAGAGGAUUUAUUUGCUAUUUGCUGUUUUGCUAUCUCUCAGGUUUGCAAUAAAACGAAGAUAUCAGUGGCAAUUGAAACACACUACAGAGGUAGAUCGAUAUGUUGAAGGAUAUGUCUUAUAUUGUGUGCCUCAGGACAUGCAGAAAAAAGUCAAGUCGUGACAAGAAACCAUUUCUAUAGCCUCACCCCUAACCCUAAUGCUCUUCACAAAACAAGUCAUUUUGCUGCCACACUUACUCAUUCCCUGAGACACACCAACUAGUCGCUGGUAAACUGAUUAGGUAAGGAAAACUGAAACCAUGCAUGUCAAUAACUCUAAUAUUGACACAUUACUACCAUCAGGGGUAAAUAAUCUCAAAGAGGUUAUUUACCCCUGCUACCAUCUAUUUCACCUGUUGUUAAUGUUGAUGAUAGCAUUGCUGUUAUGUAGCAAUACCACUAACGUACCAUGUAUGCUUAUGUUCAUGUCAUUACUAUAACUUGGUAUUAUUUUAGGGUUGGUGUGCCAAGUUGUGGUGGUGCCAAGUUGUGUGCAUUUGAUUGUGUUGAACUAAAAUUUAAUAUCCCGUUAUUUUUCACUGCUUGACAAUUUCGUUUGUAGUAACUGCCAUUCAUCACUGUAACAAGUGCCUAGCUGGCAUGACUACUCAGGUAGUGGAAUCUCAAGCGUUUUACGAAUUGUUUCCAUCACAGGAAGAAUACUUCAUUAAUAGUUGUGAAUAUAUAAGUGUAAACCAGGCAUUACUAACAAAAUAAACAUAUUGUACAUACACAGAGGAAUAUAACUAAUGUUAAAAGAAUUAAUCACAACCACACACACGCACGUGCGUACGCACGCACGCACACACUAUUUACACAUGUUACAUCAAUGUGUGUAUUAUAUGCAAUGACUGCAAUAUUAAAUGCUCAAUCAUAUAAAAGAAAUUAAGGUUUCCAAAAUUUGAAAAUAUUGUUUAACCUAACAAAAAUGUGUGAUUUAUCAUGUUUCAUACUAUGUUAAAUAGUAUAUAUAUUAUAUAUAUUUUAAAACACA